CUUCCCUUUACUAGCUUAGCUUUUCUUCUUAGGUUUCUUGUUCCUACUCUAAGUUCUCAAGAUGAGUGAUUGUAUUUUUCCAAAUACUUUUGUUUAUCUUCAUCGUGUUAGAGGUUUUGAGUAUCCACCUCCUGUGUUUGAAAAUAGCCAUUUAAGCUGGGAUUUUGUGGUCAUAGGCCGCCUUUGGGAUACUCGUGAAUUUUCAAUUAAUUUAGUGCAACACCUAGUCUUUAGGUAUUGGCUAUUCGUUGUCCAGUGGUGGUGUUUCCAUAUGAACGUGAUUUCAUUUUCUUUUGCUCGAAUGAAGAAGAUGUUGUAGACCUUGAUAAUCAGGGAUGGGUUCACCUUAAAGGAAGUUUUAUGGUCUUCAACGGCUUAAAGGACACUCUGUUCCAGAGAACCUUAAUCUCCACUAGGCGGACAUGUGGGUUACUAUGGUAGGUCUGCCUAUUCGCUACUCAACUCCGACGGUGGCAUCGUCAGUACUUGCUCAUGUUGGUGAUAUUACCAUGGUUGAAGAGUUGCAAGGUGAGUUUCCUAUCCCUCGUCAUCGUGUUAAAUUAUUGGCUGACCUAUCACAACCUUUGAUUGUAGUUUGUUACUUUCCUACCUAUGCAAAUCAAGCCACGUGGGUUCGAUUUAGAUACGAGGGUAUCUAUAGAUUUUGCAAAAAGUGUGGUUUUGUCGGACACGGUCGGACUACGUGUGCAAAAGAACAAGACGAAGUAAUUUUCCACCUUGAGCGUCGCUUUCGUAGACUCCACGAAAGAGGCACAUGUGUUCUAUUUCGGCCAAUGGAUGUUCCUUUAUAUUCUAAUGCUACUCGUGGUAUUAAUCCGACCCCAGAAAAUUGGACAAUAGAGCUAUGGUUUGGCAUUCAUGAUGAUGACGACCCGUCCGAAUAUUCAGGGGAUUCUCAUCCAUCUGAUAGGGAUAUUUUUGAAAUGGGUAGCUUGGAAUCUUUGUCAACCAGGUAACUUCCUCCUCGGUCUUUGCCGGGACUAUUUCCAUCAGCGGCUCCUGGUGUUUUUCGCAGCGAGCAAGACGAAGUUUUGGAGAGAAACUUGGGGAUUAAUCGGGCUAUCAGGGAAGAGUUUGAAAGUCCGGCAAGGCCACAACAACCUCUAUCUAUGCCUCGCCUGCGCCGCCCCUCACGUUUUCCCAGACUCUGAUUACAGGGGCACGUGGCAUAAUAGCUCGCCACCUGUCGACCAUGCAAGCCAUAUAUGUUCGAUGCGAUGUAAUCUUGCUGCACGUGAUGGCCCCCUUCUACCUCAUUAGGUGUUCAAUUGAAAUCCAUUAGGGUCGGCUAUGAAUGUGACAGCUGGUGUUGUUGAUGAUCUUUCGGAACAAAAUUUAUCUUUCUCUAAUUCAGAUUCGGGUCGGGUUAAAGGACAUGUUCAUUUUCAUGGGUCGGUUUUAUUUCCAAGAUCAGGGACUGAUGUGAAUGGGUUUAAUUCUAGCCCAAUUAGAUCUGCUGGGCCACGUGACUCUAAUCCAGACCCUUUUAAGUCUAACGUUGUCCAAAGCCCUCUCUCAGACUCUAGUUUGGAGGCCCAUAUCUUUGAAGGCCAAUCUUGUUUUGAUGCUCCUUAUUUUUCACAGGGUAUGCCCUCGUCUGUGUUGGCUUCUAACCCUUAUGCUUUGUCUCGGAAUGCUAUCCCUUCGUCUCCGGUGGCACCAGCGGUGGCUGCGCACUUUUCUCCGCCUCCCCUGGGUCCGUCUGGACCUCUGUUUCUAGACCCCUUUGGUGCGGGACCUAGUAAUUGGAUUGGCUCUUCUUCUGCUUCUCAACGGGAAAUUCAGCCACUUUUAAUUCCUUCGCCGUCUCCGUCACUUGCAUCAUCUUUUCCGACUCAUACUUCAUCAGAAUUCGGUUAUAUGGCGGACUCUUCGUCGGAUGGGUUUGUGUUUCCCAUGGAUUCUCCGAUUCCUAUUGGGGAGAAUGAGGCAAAUUUGGUUAAUUCACCUUCUAUCAUCCAAACGGAUGAUCUUGUUCCAAUGGAGUGUUCUCCUCCUAUUUCUAUCCAUUCCUCUUCUGCUGGAAAUCAAGCUCAAUCAGUUUCAAGUAAGGUGAGAGGGAAGAAACCACUUACUUUGAAAUUAAGCAAAAAGGGUGAUAAAUUCUGGAAUUGGGUGAAAGAUGCUUGCCCGAGUAAACGUCGAUCUACUUCUCGGGAUGUUCCUGUUCCGGGUUCGCAGGCUCUUGAUGCGGGGUCCAUAUGUUUAUCAUUUCUGAAACCUUUUAAAAAACGCAAAUGUACAACAGGUUCUUCAGUUUCGGAUGACUUUUCUAAUGCUUCUGAGGGUGGGGUGACUCCCCGUACUGAGUCACCAAGGGAUCCAUGAACAUAGCGGCUUGGAACUGUAGGGGUCUAGGUAUGGCGGACGGGAUUUGUUAAACAUCGCCCGCGUUUUUCUACAUAAAGCCCACAUUUUUUAAAAAUGUUGACAUUAUUGCCCUUGUUUUAAUUUUUACCGAAAAUAAAAUUUUUCACUCAUAAAAAAUGUGGAGCAGGACUGGAUCGCCGAGUGAAACCGAAGAGCCCUCAACGUCGGGUAGAUGCACCGGAGAGACGCCGUUGACGCCGGAAAAGGAGGAUUAUGGUGGAGACGGAAAUGAUUAUAGUGGGAUUUUUGUACA